GUUUUUAUUUUAUUGUUCGACAGGAAACUUAUAAAUUUGAUUAACCAUCAUUUAGGAUUAUUUAGGUAAUAAAUAAAUGAAAUACUCACAGUAAAACUGUUCUUGUAUUUUUUAAUCACAUAGCGCUUAUUAUGUUACAAGUAAUUAAAUAAAGUUGAUAUGGCAACACUGCUUGCACGUCCGUAGAUAAACAAUGGUUGGACAUUUGUUUACGGACAGUGAUAUCAUGCAAAACUAAAAUAGCUUUUAAUUAUAUUCCUACAUUACUGAACUACAUAAUUAAAAUAAUAAUUUUCCUGUUAGUCAUGUUGAAGGAUUCAUCAAAAAUAUGUCAAUAAAAAGUGUUUUUGCAUGUUUCGUUGUUGUUGGCGCCAAGGUCAAAGUUGUUGACAUUCUUUCAAUUAUAAAUGUCUUCAUAUUUAUUCAUGUUCGUGAACUGUUGUCUCCAAAUCGGCCGGGACAAAUAACUGCUAAUGCAACAUCAUGCGAUCGAUGUUAACAUGUAAAACAUAAUACUUAGACCUUAACUUGCGGAACCCAAACCAAAUACUUGCAGAAGACAAGAGGCACAAGUUGACACAAUGUCGGGUAAAAAAUACAAGAAGCGCCAGGGAACGUCCGGGAUCCGGGGCCAGCUGUACGAGAGCAAGCUGAUCAGCCUCAUAUACUUCAGGGCGAAGCACGCCGCGAGUGUCGGAGACUUCCUCCUGGCGACCAACAUGGACGAGGUGGGCGCCUUCGACGACAUCUGCCUCCGGGUCAAGCUCAAGGGCGUCGAGAAGCCGCUCAUCGUGUUCGUGCAAGCGAAACAUCGCGAGAACGACAACUCGGUGCUGACGCUCAGCAAGCACGACCUGACGCACUACUUCUAUAGCUACCUGAACAUACGCCGAACGUUCUCCCCGCACGCUAAGGGCGAGCUCUUCGAAGGCACUUACGACGCGACGGAAUGCCUGUUCGUCAUGUACACGACGGCCAAAGCCCCCGACGACAGCCAGCCGUACGAGAGUCCCGCCGCCAAGCACCUCAACGCUCUGAUCGCCACCGGCAAGAGCGGCAUCAGACCGCCUUACAAUCAGACCCACGUGGACUUCCUGUCCGACAUCGUGAUUCAGGAACAGGUCGCCAUGCUGGCGGGACAGCUCGCCAAGUUCCUCAGUGACGAUGACGAAGGCGUGCUAUCCAUGAACAACGACCUCAUGCUCUGCUACCACGUCCUUCUGGCGCAGAGAGUCCUCGACGUGAGCAGGAUCCAGCGGAGAGGCGAGGAGAGCGAGCACCGCCUCGCUCACUUCCGACAUGACUUCUUCACUGCAAGCGACGACUUCCUCAAGCUGUUCCGGGACACGCUCGUCCUGCAGAUCCUCAAAAACCAAACUCUAGAAGAGGACAAAGUCAACGUGCUGCUGACGUCACUGUUCACAGAACCCUUUGACAUCCUAGUCCUCAGCGAGCUGAUAGAAUGUGUCGUGACAUACAGACAAGGCAAGCUACAUUUCCUUCACGAAAUCGAUGAAGAACUAAAACAACAGUUGUUCAAGAUCAACGUAUCUCAAGCGACAGUGGAGCGAGCGCUCGAGAUGGCCGCGCAGAGAAUACUCAUCAGGAAGACGUUUAAGGUUCCGGUUACAUUCGGUAACAGCGACUUGACUAUCAGAGGCAAGCUCGAUGUGGACGUUGAACAAGUGUUGAAUGAACUAAGUUCUAAAAUAGUCGGUUUGUUGCGCGAUUCAGAUCCUCACAAUGUUGUCCUAGAUGAGUCUUUGGGAAGUGAGUUCUUACAGCUCAACCAAGGCAUAGCGAGUGCCGUCGGCAACGUGCUGGUUCGAGGAGAUAACGAGAACUCUUUGAAGUUCACAGAUGAACCCGAAGCAUUAGGCGACCUCGCUAAGAGGUUGUAUGAUAAAGUUCGGCAAGAGAUACCGGAUCUGAAUCCGUACAAAUUUGUCGUAAAAACUAAACAGUUGCCUCUCCUCUCAUUCGACAUCAUCGAAGACGGUAUCAACAUGGAAGUUCACCAAGAAAUAACAGUACUAGCUGUUACCAUGGCAAGGUUUCUGAACGAGGAAGUUGGUUUGUCCAGUUUGAUGGACGAUGAGCUCGUGCUCAGAUACCACGUCGUCCUGGAGCAGAAGGCUAUCGAGGUGUAUGAGAUACAACAACAGCACGAAGAUGGCGAACACCGCAUCGCCAGCUUCCGACAGGACCUGUUCGGCUCGGACGAGGAAGUUCUACAACUAUUCAGACGCACUCUGUAUCUGGAGACCGCGAAACGACGGAAAAUAGAAACUAGUGAAAUUAGUAGUUUGUUAUCAGCAUUCUACAAAGACACCUCCGACAUUUCUAGUCUCAGCCAACUGAUCGGUAGUGUAGUUACUUACGAGAGCGGUAAGUUACAGUUCGUUCAUGAAACGUCAAAAGAUUUGGAAGAGCAACUAGGCAGAGUCAACGUUACUCAAUCAACAGUAGAUCAGGCCAUCGAGCUGGCUGCGCGAGAGAUACUGACGCAGGUGCACUUUCAAGUACCAGCUGCGUUUGGCAACAAAGACUUGACGAUAAAAGGGCGAAAAGGAUUGAAGAUAGAAAGGAGGCUAACACACUUGAAUAUGAAAAUAUCCGAACUAAACAUUUUGAAGAUAGUCACCAUUGAUGACAGCUUCGAGGACAAACUGUUACGGGAAGGCUUGGCGAGCGCUGUCGGGAAUAUUCUGGUAGUCGAUAAGGAAACCAAUCUGUUGAAGUUUGUAGAUGAAGAGAAUUCCUUGGGACGCCUUUCUGGAAUGUGGUUUCAAAGAUUACGAUCCCAGAUACCCGAUAUGCAGCAAUACAGGUUUGAUGUGAAGGUCCAUUGGCUUCCGAAACUGUCAUAUAGUUCUGGUGAUGAAGAUAACAGUCACUCUGAAAAGGCAGAAAUGUCGGCGCUGGCUGAAGUAGUCGCGAACUGCAUUAGCGAUGGGACUGAUUGUGUGUUGUCUAUGGACGAUGAAAGACUUCUACUGUACCAUGUCAUCUUAGCAGAACAAGCAUUUAAUAUCUCCGAUAUACAAAGCGAUGACGUCAGCGCACACCGUAUCGCUAGCUUCAGAAAAGACUUCUUUGACACAAACGACCAGCUCAUGAAACUGUUCAGAGAUAAACUCUACGUAGAGGUAAUCAAACGUCGCAAACUAGAGGAGACUGAUCUUCAAACCGCAAUCACAACCUUCCGCCAGUUUCCUGAUGAUGUUACCCUUCUAAGCAAGUUACUUGGCAACGUCAUUACCGUCAGACACGGCAAGGUACAGGUUGUGUAUGAUAUGUCAGAAGAUUUGACAAAACCAUUGAACAAAGUUAGUGUGAGUCAAUUGAAAGUAAAUCAGGCAAUCGAGCUGGCUGCGAAGGAGAUACUCGUGUCAAAACAGUUUAAUGUACCGACUGAGUUUGGUAAUAAAGACUUGACGUUGAGAGCCAAGAGCAGUCACGUGGCUAAGGUACUGAACCAUCUCACGAUGAGAAUGUGUCGGCUCGUCAACAGUCCAGAUGUUGUCAAAAUGGCUACCAUCGACGAGUCCCUAGGAGACGGACUCCUCAAGCCCAGCGGCGGUAUCGGCGGACUCGUCGGCAACUUACUGGUCCAAGACGAGGACACAAAGCUCUUGAAGUUCACAGACAACAGCGAGACUCUAGGAGAGCUCUCCAAAAGACUAUUCAACAAACUACAGAACAAUAAACAUGACUUGCGUCAGUACAGAUUCAUUGUGAAAGCUAAAAGGUUUCCGAAACUCACAUUCGACAGUAGCGAACACGACCGACGCUUGGUGGAGGACUUCUUGAACAGACUGCUCUACUUCACCAGCCAGGCCGACGAGACCCGCGUGGGAGACAUCCUGAGAGGAGACAUCGAAGACAACAUCUGUCGGAGAGUGAACAACUUCCGAGUGACGUCAGACGCGCUGUUCCUGACGUUCCACGACGAGAUACAAACCUGGUGGAUGGCCGCGGAGGGCGACUACCUCACCAAGAAGAGCAAGAAGUAUGAAAUAGCGAGCAAGAAGAUAGUCAGCAAGCCUCUGAUGACGGUGCUCGGCAUGAUGCACCAGACCAAGCUAGGGAACAACAUCGAGUGCUCCUUCAAGGACAAAGUCAUCAGCGCUCUGAAGCUGACCUCGGGAGCCGUCGUGGUGACGAACAGCGCUGACCUGACCGUGGCCAAGAUGAUACAGCGAUACAAAAGCCAAGAGCACGUCGUGCUGGACUUGGCGUACAUGCUGAACCUGCAAGCGAACGAAUACAAUACGCUGUGCGAGGAGCUCAGAGACACGGACGAGAGCAAAGUGCUGGUGGUGGUGUGCAACCACAAGCCGAGCCACAGGAACUGGUCCAGCCGACUGCGGAACAUCGCCGAGGCCGUGAGAAACAAGUUCACUGUUGUCGUCACCAACAGGGACCUGGUCCCGUUUAUUAGAGAAUAUUUCGGAAACAUGAGUGACGUCAUUGACGACGGAGUAGUUAAUCUGGCUGACUUGACAGCAGAAUCACAGAAGAGCGUCUUGAAGAAUGCCACUGCCGUGUUUCAAGGACAAGAAGUGAGGUUAGAAUUAAUAUUAGACGAAGAAUCAAUGAGAUACGUAAAGGGGGAGGUGUUGAAUAAAGUGAUUAACAAUGAAGUCAUAACUGUAAGUAAACUAGUCAGCAGUUUGAAUUACGAGAAAAUUAAACAAGUUUUCAUCGAUCGAGAGGUCUACAGAUCAGGUGAUCGAAAACGAACCGUUUUAAAUUCACUGAGCGACUUAUCAGAUGAUGUCGUAAUACUUACAGCUCAACCAGGCAUGGGCAAGUCUACUAUGCUAACGUACUUGUCACACAAGGCUAAAGAAAAUGAUCCAAACCUUUGGAUCGUUAGAGUAAACCUGUUGGAUCACUCCGAACAAUUCAACAACUGGAAAGAUCACGAAACGGACAUCGAUGUGUCGGAGAGUUUGAGAUUCUUGUGUGAGGUGGUGCUGAGUGGUGACCCUGUCAGUGACCAGCCUGCGGUCAUCGAGCUGGAGGAGUCAGGAGGUUUCAUGUACCUCAGGCACUGCGCAGGAGACGAGAGCACAGCUUUCGAAUUACAAAUGUUCCUACAUUAUUACAACACCAAGAAUGUGAUGUUCCUUUUCGAUGGGUUUGACGAAAUCUGUCCCCAUUACGCGCAAGAAGCAAUGGCGUUAUUUAAAACAGUUAAAAGUUUUCCAAGAAGACAUAAAAUGUGGAUCACCAGCAGGUCUUAUGACGAAGUGAAAUCUAUUUUGGAACUGGAGUUCGGGACGUCAUUUGAAUUGCAAAAUUUUUCGCCGUCGGACCGGAAUAGAUAUUUAAACGUUUUUUGGGAAAAGAAAAUUGUUUUGUCGCAACUGACUAAUAUCCAGAUGAAUAAUUUGAUUGAGUUCAUGAAGUGUGUUGCUGGAAUAUACCAGGAGAAGCCAAGGAAAAGGCUUAAACAUAAGCUAUUGUAUUAUAAAGUUUGUAUGAGUUUUCGCGACUAUCUUAAGCGAGAAAUUCACAAGUGCCCGGAAAGAAUCAUAGAAAAAUUUCACGAAGCUUUAAAUAAUUGCAAAUACAACAUCAUGUUUCUAGACAACUUCGAUUCACCGUUACAUUUGUACCUCGUAGCAGAUUAUUUAAGAAACCAAAUCUUACACUAUAAUGAAAUCGACAACAAUUGGAAUUUGAAUGACAACGCCUUAACAAUAUACGAAAGAUUUUUUGAAGCCAAAUUAAAAUGGAUAAGAUUCGAAGAGAAAAACAAAAUUCAUUUAACAAAUUCGGACAAUAUUAUUAUAUACGAGCACAUUCGAGAAGAUUUUUUCAAGAGGCAUAGGCAAUUGGGGGCUUACGCAAUUUUCCACCAAGAUGCCGAAUCCAUAUUCAGUUUAAAAGAAAUGCGAGAGAUCAUAGACAGCAUGACGAGGAUUAAGGCCGGAAAAGAAAAGACUGGUGUUAUCUGUGGAGUGUCAAACGACGUCCCAAUAUUCAUACACAUGAUAUUCGCUGAAUAUUUCGCCGUACAACAUCUGUGCUUAAUAAUAUUAUUAGAAAAAGAAACGGAAAAGCAACGAAAGAUUUGGGAUUUUAUAUUAAACGUUAUAUUUUUGAAAAGCAGUCAAAACGUUCGCGAUCUUCUAGACUACAGGAUCCAAGUCGAUAAUAACUUGAAGGAAAUUAUAAAAGAAAGUGAAUUCAUAAUUUUUGAUUUACUUCUAAAGCAGGGGAAAGGUAUUUUUACAUAUUACGAGGAAGACGUGAGCGAAGAACUGUAUCUAAAAAUCAAAGCGUAUUUAAAAAAGGCUAUGGAUGACGAUUUAAUGUCGUUCAUUAAUUAUCUGUAUAAAAUAAAGAGAAAGUUGACGGAUGAAUAUUUAGCUGACAAUUCGAGAAUUCCGUCUAGAUUCAGACGGUACAAGAUGAAUGCUUUAAUACAUAAAAAGAAAAAUACGUUGGCACAGCCUGAUGUAGAUGAACCAUCUUCCUAGCCUUGUCCCAAGUCGGGGUCGGCUUCCAGUCUAACUAGAUUCAGCCAAGUACCAGUGUAUUACAGGGAGUGACCGCCUAUCUGACCUCC